AUGUCUAGAUUUUGGAGCGCUACAAAUUUUAUUAAAAGAAUUUCUUUUAAUACAAUUAAGCGGCCAGUGACUGGGUUUAAAAGUAUUGUUAAAAAUAUACCGAGUAAUAAUGAGGAAAAACGUAAUUGGAGUUAUUUUAUGAUGGGAUUUACUAUUUUUGGAUUUAACUUCUCCAAGGGUGAGGAGGAAGUAGAACCGGAACUUAUAAUGACGAUAAAACGAUCAAUACUUCUAAUUCAGAAAGGGGAAUAUAAAAAAGCAGAACAGAUGUUGCACGUAGCACUGCGUCAAGCCCAGACUCUUGGUCACUUCGAAGGUAUUACUUACGUGUACGACGUGAUGGCUAAUUUAGCUUUCCAAGUUGGAGAAAUUCAGAAAGCUAAGGACCUUUUCAAGACUGUUAUGCAGAGACUGCUGUCGACUGGCACUGACCAGAAUGAUACUAAGAUUAUUCACAUAAGCUUGAAGGUUGCUAAACUCUUUGAGCAAUCUGGGGAUAUUAAAACAGCUGAAGAGGGAUAUAAGUUUUGUAUUGAGAAUAUUGAAGAGCACGCUAUUAAAAAUCCAACUGAUGAAGAUAUCUUGGUGCUCUGGGCAAUGAGUCGUGAUUGGUAUGCACGUAUGCUUUUGUCUGAAUCACGUCUCAGCGAAGCGUUGGAGAAUUAUCAGAAAGCUUAUCAAUUGUGUGUUAAAGUUUAUGGAAAUAGUCACGAACAGACUGUGGUUCUGCUGAACGAUCUAGGAACUGUUUACUGCCUUUUGGGACAGCAUGAUCGUGCUCUCGGAUAUUUGAAUGAUGCUAUUGAAAGAGGAAUUAAAUUGGAAGAUUGUCAAGAGCUAAGUUCGGUUUACGUUAAUUUAGGGAAUGUUUAUAUUAAAAAAUCUCUGUACAACCAGGCUAAGAUGGCAUGCUUUGAAGGACUAAAACGUGCUAAAAAGAAUGAAGAUGAGGCGUGUCAAGAACAAGCUAAUUCAUGUCUUGACGAAGUUAAAAAAUAUUUAAAUACUGUAACAAAAAUCGACAAUGGUUAA